AUGAACAUUUUUGACUGCCUCGACUACAUACAGCCCAGUGUCUACAGGGAUGGAGAUCUGGUGCUCGGGGGCUUUUUCCCUCUCUACACGCUGACACACAACUCAGAAGCACAGUGGAAAUAUUUUGUGACCAGUCCAAGACAAAAUGUGACAUUUGACCUGUUGAACUUGCAAAAUUAUGCUUAUGUUCUGAUAUUUCUUUUUGCCAUUGAAGAAAUUAACAGGAGUCCCCUCGUACUCCCCAACACAUCCCUGGGUUUCCAGCUCUACAAUGUCAUUCCUAGUGUUUUCAGAACUCUGGAGAGUGUCCUCGGAUGGCUGUCAGAAAUGGAGCCCCCCAUCCCUAACUACACCUGCCAGACACAUCCCAAGAACAUGGCAGUCAUUGCAGGAAUCCCCUCUGAGUUCUUGGAGCAAGCUGGGGCACUGCUGGAGCUCUACAGGACGCCACAGAUCUCCUACGGCACUUUUGAUCCUUUGUUGAAAACGAAGGACCAGUUUUCCUCUCUCUAUCAAAUUUCCCUCAAUCACAGCUGUCUGGCCUCGGGCCUGGUCUCCUUAUUGAUCCAUUUUGGAUGGACAUGGCUCCACCCAUUCAUAACGAAUACUCUGCUGGAAAACAGUGCUGGAGAACGUGUCUCCCUGAAUGAGAACAGAAACUGUGUGUCACGAUAUGAUAUUUUGAACUUUCUGAAUUUUCCUGGUGCUCUUGGCCUUCCCAUGAAAGUUGGAGAGUUCAUCCCCCAGGGUCUACGUGGUCAAGGUUUGAUGAUCCAGGAGGAGCAGAUAGAAUGGGCUUUUGGAUUCACGGAGACUCCUCAUUCUGUGUGUAGCAAUAGCUGUGAUGCAGGAUUCAUGAAAAUCCCUCAGAAAUGGAAGCCUAGUUGCUGUUUUGAUUGUAUUGCAUGUCCAGAGGGAGAAAUAUCUAAUCAAACAGAUAGUGAUACAUGUAUGGAGUGUCCUCAAAGUCAGUAUCCCAACAUGGAGAGGAACAGCUGUCUGCCCAAAAUUGUGAGCUUCCUUGCUUAUGAAGAUCCCUUGGGGAUGGCUCUGGCCUGUACAGCUCUGGGCUUCUCUGUCAUCACUGCAGUGGUUUUGUGGGUCUUUGUGAAGCAUCGAGACUCCCCCAUAGUCAAGGCCAACAACCGGGCCCUCAGCUAUGUCCUGCUCCUCUCCCUCCUCCUCUGCUUCCUCUGCUCCUUACUCUUCAUUGGCCGUCCCAACACAGCCACCUGCAUCCUCCGCCAAAUCACCUUUGGAGUUGUGUUCACUGUGGCUGUUUCUGCUGUUUUGGCCAAAACCAUCACUGUGAUCCUGGCAUUCAAGGCCCUGACACCUGGAAGAACCAUGAGGUGGUUGCUGCUGUCUGGGGCAUCUAAUGCUGUGGUUCCCAUCUGCUCCUUGAUCCAAGUUAUUAUCUGUGGGGUCUGGCUGGGAACCUCUCCCCCUUUUGUGGACACAGACACACACUCAGAUCCCAGAAGCAUCAUCAUUGUGUGCAACAAGGGUUCAGUCACUGCUUUCUACUGUGUCCUGGGAUUCCUGGGCUUCUUGGCCCUGGGGACAUUUUUCUUGGCUUACCAGGCCAGGAACCUGCCUGACACCUUCAAUGAGGCCAAGUUCCUGACCUUCAGCAUGCUGGUGUUCUGCAGUGUCUGGGUGACCUUCCUCCCUGUCUACCACAGCACCCAGGGGAAGGUCAUGGUGGCUGUGGAGAUCUUCUCCAUCUUAGCCUCCAGUGUGGGGCUUCUAGGCUGCAUCUUUGCCCCAAAGUGCUAUGUCAUCUUCCUACAUCCAGGUAGGAACACAUCAAAAGUUUUAAGGAAUAAGUGA